UCUUUGUCUUUCCUCUGCUGUUGACGUAUGCGGACGGUUCCGUACACGCUACGCAGUUCAACAGAUAGACACUGGAAGAAGGAUUAAUUUUUGAAAUAAGCAAUAAGAAAAUUAUUGCAUUCUUGUGGAAAACAUCACGAACGUUUAUCCAAUAUAGAUUAGGUAGUGGAAGACCGUGUUUAGUGAUAGGGUACUGAUAAAAGAAUUUAGGUGUCACUGUAUCGAUUGUCCUCUCAUUUGAUGUGCAAAUAUCAGAUCAACACAGCAAGUAAUGGAAUGUGAAUAAUGUUAACCUUUAAGAGUGAUAUAAGCAUUCGAAAAUCAUGCAAUAAAUCAGAUAAAGUGAUGCUGCAAGAUGAAAUAGCGAAGCAGAAAACGAAGAAAAAAUAAAAAGUAAAGAAAAUCGAUCUUGAAUCCUUUCCCUGCAGAGAGCAAGAAUUCGUGUAUGUAUGAGUAAAGCAUCGUUUACAUGCUAGAAACCAGGCAAGUGUGUAAGUAGUGCGCUCAGUGGCUCUCUGAAUUAAAAUGUUCAACGUGUAGAGAAGCAGGAAAAAGAAGAUUCUGUUUUGAUCAAGAAGGUCAUCCGUUUGUGUUGUUUUGUGUGCAUGCUCUGUAAACAUUCUCUACUCGAGAGCGUGUAGUUUUUUUUACUACUAUCAUCAUUCACUACCAAGUUUUUCGGGCUCUGUGGUUUGCUAUUCGUUCCAACGCUGUGAUAUGUUGUGAAAAAUGAUCUUGUGUAAGUUGUAAAUGGAAUAAAUCACCCUGAUUGCCGAGUUGGAGUUGUAAGGGACUGCUGUGCAUUCGAAACUCUAAAUUGCACGACGCGCUUACGGUUGCGCUCGAGCCUCCUCUACUAGCCACCAACCACCCUCAAAGUGUAUUCCACGAGUAUGAGCGAUAAUUCCAAUGGGCUCAGCAGCAAUGGACAUACCAGCAACGUACCGCAGCAAGACCUUGGCGGCGAAGCUGGUGGCGCCACGGUUGGAGCCUCCAGCAGCAUGGCCGGUGCAACUACGAGCCUGGAAAGCAAUGGCAAACCGAAAGGGCUGAACGAUACGGUCCAGCAGCAGUUCAGUCGUUUUGCGGAUUAUUUCGUGAUAUGUGGCCUGGAUUUGGACUCGGGCCUUGAACCGGAUUUGUUUGCAGGUGACAGUCUACACUGUUCACCGUUAGACCGAGCCUACAAGAGCAAACCGUUGGCACACUAUCCGGAAAAUGUCGCCUGGAAUCCGUUCGAUGCGCACGGUAUCUGUAUGCUAUCGUUGCCGCAGGGUUUACGUUUUCGAACGCAAAAACACAACAUAGAGCCACGAUUUCACGCUUUCGCAACCACACGAGAGGACGGCAAGCGGUGCUACGGCUUCAGUCUUGUGUUCUACGAAGAAGUUCGCAAUCGACAGAUAUGUAGCGCCAUGCACACGCUGCAAUCGAUGUUUAUCACGGAGAUAUCAAGCUCGCAGCAGCCACCACCGGCCACGCUGCGACGGGUGAAAGAAAGCCCCGUGAGUCGUUCCUUGCCACGGCAUUUCAAAAUUGCCGCCCAAGCUCCAGCGUCAGCUCUAAGCUACUACGAUAUAACUAAGGAUAAGCUGUUUGUGGCGAAAAGUAUUUCGCUCGUUUGUCAGGUGCCGUAUGCUCACGUUGCUGGGCUAUUCCUCCAGAAUCUCUUCAAAUGUCUUCCCCGCCAUCCCGGUUCGCGUUUGAGCCUUGAAAGCUAUGUGUACAACAUUCUGUACGAAGUAUCCACACCCCCGCCAGGAAAGUCCAUCCGUAUAUACAUACCACCGGAAGAACCUCAUCUACCUCCCAUUGCCACAAUCCUGCAGCGACCAGCACUAAAAGACGAGCUUCCGUUUAUGGACUUUCCUUUGCGGCUUUUGUUUACCUACUUAAGUGUAGACUGCGCUAUUCAGCUUUUCACUUGUGUGCUGCUCGAGAAUCAAGUGCUUCUGCGAUCGUCCGACUAUCAGAAGCUGACAAUUAUAGCGGAAUCCAUAACGUCUCUGCUGUUCCCCUUCCAGUGGCAGCAUGUUUAUGCUCCAAUACUCCCCGCGUCACUGCAUCACUUCCUCGACGCUCCUGUGCCGUUCGUGAUGGGUCUGCAUUCGGAUUCCGAUAGCACCCUGCGCAUCGGUAGUGAAGCAAAUCUCUGCUAUGUGGACAUCGACAAGCAGUCCGUUCAGCUGCCGGAGGAACUGCCCGCUUUUCCUCACCGGCAUGACUUCAUCGCGGAAAUAACCGCCAUUCUUGAUAAGUACCAAGUACCUCGUGAUAGAUCGUUGGAUCCACCUUCCAUUCUCAGUCCAAAGAAUCUCCUCAAGGAUCACGACAUGAUGACGACGAGUUGCACUCUGCCCUCGGGCAUGCACGCACGACGGAAGCACUCUUUGCACGACGUUCUCGACUGGGAUCGACCGAACUCGCCGGAUUUGCCGUUGCCAGCUACGGCAGUACCUUCGCGGCCGGACGUUCGCCAGCGAAUCGUAGACAUUGUCCGACGUAGCGGCGGAGACGAAAUCGACUCCGGACCGAACGAAGUGAUGCCAAGCACAAAGCAAAAGCAACCGCUCAGUACGCUCGAUCAGUACUACGAAGAUCUGCGGCUGAACAACUCCAUCCGGGAGAUCUUUCUCAACCGCUUCGUGCAGAUGUUUGCCGCGUACGAACAGUUUGUGAUUUUACCCAAUCAGGACAAAGAAGACUGGCUUAGCAAUCGUGAAUCUCUGCACAACUUCGAUAAGGCUUCGUUCCUCUCGGAUCAACCGCAGCACCAUCGACCGUUUCUGUCGCAGUUUCUCGAGAGUCAGAUGUUCGUUACGUUGAUCGAUAACAAGAUUAUGCUCUCGUGGGGUGACGAUGGAGGCAACGGUAGUUCUCUGGAUAGUCUCAACGGGGAUGUGGAGUACAAUCUGAAGCUGUUUGACAAUCGCAUCAGAAUUCUAAGGAAACGUUACGGUGGUGAAAGUAUGAUCCGCACCGCCAACUACGAGCCUUGCAUUCUGGCCAGAGAAACCCAAAAACUGCUGGACAAACGGCUUGGCAGCGUGGACAUGGAGGUUGCCCCGCCGAGUGAGAUCCUGGACAAACGACCGCCAUACUAUCGCAGUUUUCCGCUGCUGGAGAAGUCCGUCCUGAACCAGGAGUGCGCCUCGAGAGGAAACAGCUUGCGGAGGGUUAAGAACGGUUCCAAGUGGAAGGUGAAGGAGAUUUCACUGGACAGUGGCGGUAGCAGCAAUAAAGAAAACGAUGGCGGAGGAAACAAGUCCAAUCGAAACUCUGCUAACCUAUCCGGGACGGAGAUCAGUCCGGCACUGUUGGCACAGGCAAACUGGACAUUUGUGGAGAAAUUAUUAAAGGAUUGUAAGAGCAAAACUAAACGGAUGCUGCUGGAAAAGAUGGGAACCGAAGCCAUCGAGCUGGGUCUCAGUGGGGAAGCCUCGGUGACAGGGGUUGAAGAGAAUACAAUGAUUGCAUCGCUGUGCGAUUUGCUGGAGAAAGUGUGGUCCCACGGAUUGGUCAACAAGCAGGGUAAAUCGGCCCUUUGGACGCAUCUGACGGCCUACCUGGACAGUAAGGAUUGCCAGAAUCCAAGCAAGCAGAUUGAUACUAAUUUUUUGACUCCCGUUGUAGCAAGUUGCACUACUAGCCCCAAAACAAGCUUCACUAGCAAUGGCGUAAACUCAAAACUCACCAUUAGUCCAACUGCAACAACACCUGACAGCAAUAACGGUGGUAGUUCCAAUAGUAACAGUAACGGUAGAACCAAGCUUAACAAUAUAAUACGACUAAGGCGAACCACGGGUAAAACUCCGAAGGUAGCACACCGCAACGAACCAAUUUCGUUGUCCUCACCGGAGAUGUCCCCGAACGCGGCUAGCCGGCUGAGUAACUUUGUAUUGCCUAGCAUAAUUGCUAAUUUGGUUGGGACCAGGUAUGCAAGUGUACCGACCUGUGAGAAUAAUGCUCACGGGAGCGUUAACGAUCUAUCAUCCCUCGCUAUCGAACCGGAGAUUCCCUCAUCACCAACUCGGGGUCGAUCAAAAUCUCGCGACCGGAAAAGCCUAGGACCUGAACAGCUACGAUCGUUACCUGAAUCUCUGGAAUUCGACAUUCGAAACAUUCUGUCCAUGACUGACAUCAAAACUCACAUAGGUUACGCCCGGGCGUGGGUGCGUUUAGCGUUGGAGAAAAAGCUCCUGUCGCGUCACCUUCGAUCGCUUCUGUCGGACACGGCUCUACUGAGACAGCUGUACAAGCGUUCCGCCUUUGUGCGCUGUGACGAUGAAGUGGAACAGUUUCUAUACCAUCUGCUAACGCUUAACGCUGUUGAUUACUUCUGUUUUACCAACACGUACCCCACAACAAAGCUUCCGUACCGGGUUGUGAUAUUCCCUUCGAAGAAGGGAUCAGCCGCUACUACUUCGGCCAACGUUUGGAUCGCCAUUUCCGGGACCUUGGGUGAAACGCAACAGAUAAGCGUACCGCGGCAUUCACUGGAGUUCGUCUUUCAUCACAAAACGCUGGGUAUACUUACAUCGCUAAGAGUAGGUCAUGAUGAUACAGGAAUGUCCUCCAAGUGGUUAGUCGAGCACGUUGUCGUUAGAAAUGAAGUCACAGGCCACACAUAUAAAUUCCCCUGUGGACGGUGGCUCGGUAGAGGCAUCGACGACGGAUCCAUUGAACGUCUGUUAAUUGGCCAGCUGGUUCCGCGAACGGUAGACAGCGAGGAGCUGGUUGAAGCGUGCCGGACACCACCCCGAACUCGAAGUCCCAGCAUUCAGCGACCGGAGGUGCGACCUUCGGACAUUCAACACAUGCUGGGUGAUUGCGUGAACGCAAUCGUCAAGUGGCACUAUCGACCCAGUCGCGAACGAGAUUCCAGCUCGCUAACGAACCUCCUCUGCGGGGAAAAUGGUCUCGUGAAGUGCUUAGAGCAAGCUUUCCUGUGCGGUUUCCGCUCGCAACGACUCUUCGGAAAAAACCUCUACCUGUGGGACUACUUUGUACGCGUCAAGGAACAGUUUGAAGUGAGUUUGGUGGAAGAGUCCGUGGAAUUGGUUCGAGGUGGUGCCUCCGUUUGCAAUUCUCCUCCGACCAGUGGCUCAAGCCCGGAGUCGCCGCCCCAAGGAACAACGUCCGUUCAACCACCAGUGGCCCGACAGGAACUGUCGGCAGUUUGGCGAUGCUACUGUCACCUGAUGGAUGAAAUCAACAACGUGAAGCAAACUCUCGGAAAAGACGGCCGCUUCCAGCUUUUUAUUUGCCUAAGCAUAAGGGAACACCUUCUUCACCGGAUGUUGGUACCGAUGGCCUACACACGGGUCACUACCGAGAUGUACGAAGAACAGAGUUUUAUGCGCAAGAAAGGCCUCCUGACAUUCCUACGGCAGAUACUGGAACCACUGGACGAGUUCCAUAUAGUGUUGGAAAAUUCCAUCACCCAGGGUAUUGGAUCUCACUGCUAGGCAGCCUAAGGAAACGUAAUACUCAUUACUGUAGCGGUUCUCAUCGUCGAAACUCAUUCUCAAAUCAGGCAAUUUUUGGAAGGCACUAUGCCGUUUGUUUUCCCUCACUAACCGCACACACACUCAGUCAACUGAGAACGGUUAGAUAAAACUAAAUAAUCGUAAUCAAUGGCCAAAGAUAUAUAGAGCAAUUUUUUGUUCCUGAUGUGUUAUAUUCAUAAUAAGGUUAUUUUUUGCCGAUUCGUUUUAUGUUGUAAUUUUACGGGAAUUUGUGAUUUUUAGUUGGAUUUGUUGAACCUUUGUAGUUGGCUUUAGUUUUUAGAGGUUAUGUUCCAUGUUUCCGUUUAGGUUAAGAUAACGGCUAUUUCGUUGAAAUAGUGUUUCGUGCCAAAAUUGAACUGAGAAAAAAAACAGAAAUAUCGCAUAGCGUGGCGAUGGCUGGAGUAGUUUAAAACCAAACUUCAAGUCGACGAUAGCUGUGUGAUAGUUUGCAUGGGUAAGAGAGCAAACGCAAUUAUGGAAAUUAUUAUUGACUGCAUACCAUACUUAGGAUAAGUUUCGCGCAAAUGAGUUCGGCCUAGUUAUCACUUGAAAAUGCUCCUGACUCUGUGCUCGGUAAAACACGACAUUUCCGUACUCCCAUAAACAUACUCAACCUGUAUCGAUAUUAUCAUCGGAUCGAAAGGUAUCAUUUCCUAGAGUUCCUAGCGGAAACCACUCUUUACCGUAGAAGGGAUGUAAAACAUUCGACAAUUUGCUUCUGCAUGAUCUUUGAAACCAAAUUAAUCCGUCUUUCGUAAUGUAAGCUGUAAACAGAGAAACUAUAAACCGCUAAUUACGCUCCCAGGAAAAUCUAAGCUAUGAGCCUUUCUUCUUCGUGAUCAGCGUGAAAACGAAACGUGACAUCUCAGCCAAAACGACAUUAGAUUAGCAUUCAGGAGGCACAGUAGAACUUCGCUUUGAUUAAUUGAUUGUAUGUGUUCGUUGUAGCUGACAGUAAAACAUAGCUUUACGACUUUUUUGUGGUGUACUACCAUGUAGGUGGAUCCAGUGAGCGUAAUAAAAGCUGAUAUUAUCUGAUUUAACUGAA